AUGCAUAUUGCAUACAGAAAAAAAUGUUCAUUUUAAAAGUUUAGUGCCUCGAGAUAAGCAAUGUUUUCUUUAUUUAUGCUAGCAGCAGCAACCGCGAAGCGCAAGCCACCACCAUGUUCCAUGUUUCCACCAUUGCGCUCAAUCCUCAACCUCACAAUUUCCUCUUUCCACUCCCCGUUUCUACUUCCCGCAACCUCCCACUUUCACAAACCCUCCAUUUCCCCAGAAACUGGAAUCUCCGCUCUCUCUCUCCAUCGCUGCACCUAACAUACGACGAUUCCGACGACCACGUCAUCGGCGACUGCGUCGUGUUCGAGGACGGCGUUUUCGACGAACCCGUUUUCCACAACCACCACCUCAAUUCCGACAAUCUCGCCGUCGAUAAGCCCAAGCCCAAGCCCGGGCGCAGUUGGAGGAAAAAAGUGGAGGAGACAUUGGGCGAGAAUUUGGUCCCGGACAAGUGGCGAGAGGUACAGGCGGAGAUAAACAUAACGAAGAGGGAGAUGCGGAAGAUAGCGCGGGAAGUGGAGUUCAACAGCAAGGUUGAAAAGAAGAGAAGAGGUUUGAUUCCUCUUAGGGAUAUGAACUUAGAUGACUACAAGGCUUACAAGGAGGCCAAAUUGGCUCAGAUGAAGCUUCUCGAUUACGCCUCUUGUUCUCCGGUGGGCCAAAAUGUCCCUGAGGCUGAACCUGAAUUCAAUCGCGGUGGUGAAGAGGUGGCUGAGGCUGAACCUGAAUUGAACGCCGGUGAACGUGUAGAGCCUAAGAACCCUAGAUGGGCUGUUUAUGGGAGGGGUUUGGAAGAUGUCACUGAGUUUUUCAAUAGUGACAACUAUGACCCUACUGCUAAAACUCUUGGAGGUCGGCGGAAGUUGUUUAAUAAGGAGGAGAAGGUUUUGUUGAAUAAGAGAAUACCAGACUUGGCAGCUGCUACUUCAGAUAAAUGGCUUCCUCUGCACACUCUUGCUGCAUGUGGAGAAUUUUACCUUUUAGAUUCUCUGUUGAAGCACAAUGUUGAUAUCAAUGCUGUGGAUAGGGAUGGUUUGACUGCCCUUCACAGAGCAAUAAUUGGAAAAAAGCAGGCCAUAACCAAUUAUCUCCUGAGAAACUCAGCUAAUCCCUUUGUACAGGAUAAUGAGGGAGCCACAUUGAUGCACUAUGCUGUACUAACAGCUUCUACCCAGACAGUUAAAAUACUCUUAUUGUAUAAUGUGGAUAUAAAUCUCCCGGACAAUUAUGGCUGGACACCAUUGCAUCUUGCUGUUCAAGCUCAGAGGACAGAUUUAGUGAGGCUUUUGCUGAUUAAAGGUGCUGAUAAGACAUUAAAAAACGAGGAUGGUUUAACUCCUCUUGACCUUUGCCUUUACAAUGGUCAAUGUGCCAGAACAUAUGAACUAAUCAAGUUGUUUAAGCAGCCUCAAAGACGUCUUAGACAUGUAUCAGUGUGACAGAUGGGGCUAAGAUACAACUUCUGAAAGAUUUGGACCAACAAAUGAAUAUUAGUCGUUGCCAAGUUUUGCAUGACAAUUAGCAUCCCUUAGUCACAUGGAAAUUUUGGUACAACUACAGUAUUGUACUGUAUUAAAAUGUAUAUUUUAAAUAGGAUAGGGAAGGAAAAUAGGAAUGUUUUCAUGAAAAGAAAGAAAAAUGGUCUGCUAUUUUUAAAUUGCGUCUUUCUUAAACUCCGGGCAUGGCUUUUUUUCUC